CACUAGCUGCACCCUAUCACUUCAAAGCAUCCAGCGUCACUCCGACGUAUCAUAAACAUCUAAAAAUGAAAAAUUAAACAUUUUUUUAAAAGCUCGAGUGCAUAACAAAAUGCUUGCUAGCAAGCUUAAAAUUGUACUUGGUGGUUGCACCAAUACCAUAUCAAAAUGCCACGUGCGACUGAUGAUGAAUAAUGUUUGUAAAUUAAAUUCCCUCCUAAGAAACCAAACACCAUGUUUGGUAAGAUGCGUACAUAAUUUAGUUAUUGGCAAAUCAACAUCUACAAUGAAAGAAGAAGUUUCGCCAGUUAAUAGAUAUGUUUUGAGAACACAUACAUGUGGAGAAUUAACACUUCAAAAUGUUGGAGAGGAAGUGAAAUUGAGCGGUUGGAUGGAAUUUCAAAGGAUGGGAAAAUUUCUAAUAUUACGAGAUUCUUAUGGAUCAACACAAUUACUUAUACCGGAAGAUAGAAAGGAUUUGUUUGAAACUGUUAAAAGUUUAUCUUAUGAGAGUGUUUUGAGUAUAGUAGGCAAAGUUAUAUCAAGACCUAAAAAUCAGCAGAAUAAGGGAAUGAAAACUGGUGAUAUAGAAGUAUAUGUAGAAUCCUUGAAGAUUCUAAAUGUAGCAUCACCUAAUCUUCCAGUAUUUAUUAGGGAGUAUAAUAAAGCAAAGGAGAGUCAACAAAUGAAAUACAGAUAUCUUUCAUUGAGAUAUCCUGAAUUGCAAAGAAAUUUAAGAAUGCGUUCUUCUCUCAUAACGAAGAUGAGAGAAUUUUUAAUCAAAGAGUGCAAUUUUGUAGAUAUUGAAACACCAACACUUUUUAAAAGUACACCGGGAGGUGCACAAGAAUUUAUAGUGCCUACUAGACAACCAGGCAACUUUUACUCACUAGUACAAAGUCCUCAACAGUUCAAGCAACUUCUUAUGGUGGGUGGCUUUGAUAGAUAUUUUCAAGUCGCUCGAUGUUAUAGGGAUGAGAGUGCCAGGCAUGAUAGACAACCAGAAUUUACUCAGCUAGAUAUUGAAAUGUCAUUUGUUGAUCGGGACGGCAUAAUGAACUUGAUUGAACACUUAUUAAUGUACUCAUGGCCAGAAGAAUUAAGCCCUAUAAAAAUACCUUUCAAGCUCAUGACAUAUAAAGAUGCAAUGGAAUUGUAUGGUACUGAUCAACCAGACUUAAGGAUACCAUAUCGAAUACAAGACCUUACACAUAUCUCUGAUUUAUCAGUAUUAAAAAGAACCAUGAAACUCAAUGAUCAACAAAAGGUGUAUGCAUUAACCUUUCCAAAUAAAUUAAAAUAUUUGACAAACUCUGUCAGGAAUAAAUUCUCCAAGAUCCGUGAUGACUAUUUCAAUACAACAAAGCUAAUUCAAUUAAAAAUUGAAAAUAAUUUGUGGAGAGCUCACUUAGACGAAUUAUUUUCAAGAAAUGUAGCAGAAGAUAUAUUGCAGUAUUGUCAAUUACAGGAAGGAGAUGCGGUAUUAUUAGCAAUUGGCCAGCAAAUUGAUGCAUUGAAAAUUUUAGGAAAACUGCGUGUAGAAUUUACAAAUAUAUUAGAAGAAAAAGGUGAACAGAUACGUUCAUCUGAAGCCGAAAUUGUAUGGAUCACAGAUUUUCCAUUAUUCACAUUUGAAAAACAGUUGGAAUCGACGCAUCAUCCGUUUACGCAACCUCAUUCAGAUGAUAUGGAAUAUUUUAUAACCGAUCCUUUAAAGGUAAGAGGUUUACACUAUGACUUGGUUAUGAAUGGAUCAGAAAUUGCGGGAGGUUCCAUUCGAAUCCACGAUGCAAAUUUACAAAGGCAGAUAUUGAAAAUGUUGAACAUAGAUGAAUCAGAAUUAUCUCACAUGCUUGAAGCUUUGAUGUAUGGAGCUCCACCUCACGGUGGAAUAGCUAUAGGAUUAGAUCGCCUCGUUUGCUUACUCUGUAAUGCGAAAAGCAUACGGAAUGUUAUAGCUUUUCCAAAAACGAUAGAAGGUCGAGAUUUAAUGUCCGGAGCACCGGAUACCAUAUCCGCAGAGAUAAAAACGCUGUAUCAUAUACAAACAGCAGAUAAAUAAAAGGUCAUAAAUUCUUUUUCUACGUGUAAAUUAUUGAACAAGCUGAUAGCUAUCUAAGCUAGAUAAUAAAAGCAUAUAAUUGCGAAUCAAAUAAAUAAAAAGACGAGAAAUAGAUGUACAAAAAAAGUGUUUUUUUAUUCUCUGAAUAAAGUCUCGUGCGUUCGAGUCAAAUAGUUUUACAGAAAAAUAAAAAAUACAAUUUAGCCUGCACAUUAAAUGAUCGAGAUAAUAUUUAUUUCCAAGAAGGAUCUAUAAAAAGAUAUCCUCCUUUUUGUACAUUUCUUAAGAGAAUCUCUCUUCUGUCAAAUGAAAUCUAAUAAAUGUCUUAACAAAUA